CAAGCGGUGGGCAGGCCGCAGUGUCGGCAGGAAUCGCACGGAGCCAGAGAGCCAGGCGCCGCGCGCCACAAGCCCGGAGCCCGCGCCCUCGAGCUCAGCGCCACGGCCUGCCUGCCCCUCGGCCCCGGUUGCACCUUGUGCCGAGGGCGUCUCCUGGACCUCCUCCCUGUGCCCCGCCCGCCGCCCUCGACUCGCCAGCGCCCUCGACUCACCGGCUCCGGCAGCCAUGGUGGCCGGCAUGCUCAUGCCGCUGGACCAGCUGCGUACCAUUUACGAGGUGCUCUUCCGCGAGGGUGUGAUGGUGGCCAAGAAGGACCGGCGGCCCCGCAGCUUGCAUCCCCACGUGCCCGGUGUCACCAACCUUCAGGUCACGCGCGCCAUGGCCUCCCUUCGGGCGCGGGGCCUGGUGCGGGAGACCUUCGCCUGGCGCCACUUUUACUGGUACCUCACCAACGAGGGCAUUGCCCACCUGCGCCAGUACCUGCACCUGCCGCCGGAGAUCGUGCCCGCCUCUUUGCAGCGGGUGCGCCGCCCUGUCGCCAUGGUGAUGCCUGCUCGCCGCACCCCCCACGUGCAGGCCGUGCAGGGUCCCCUGGGCUGCGCGCCCAAGCGGGGGCCACUGCCAGCCGAGGACCCUACCCGUGAGGAGCGGUGGGUCUACCGCCGGAAGGAGCCUGAGGAGGGGGCACCUGAGCCCCCUGUGGUGCCCGCCACCACCCCAGGGACCCUGGCGAGGCCUGGCCCGGAGCCUGCCCCAGCCGCAGAUGAGCGGGACCGUGUGCAGAAGAAAACCUUCACCAAGUGGGUCAACAAGCACCUCAUCAAGGCACAGAGGCACAUCAGUGACCUGUAUGAAGACCUCCGUGAUGGCCACAACCUCAUCUCCCUCCUGGAGGUGCUCUCAGGGGACAGCCUGCCGCGGGAGAAGGGCAGGAUGCGCUUCCACAAGCUGCAGAACGUUCAGAUCGCCCUGGACUAUCUCCGGCACCGCCAGGUGAAGCUGGUGAACAUCAGGAACGAUGAUAUUGCCGAUGGCAACCCCAAGCUGACCCUUGGCCUGAUCUGGACCAUCAUCCUGCACUUCCAGAUCUCAGACAUCCAGGUGAGCGGGCAGUCGGAGGACAUGACCGCCAAGGAGAAGCUGCUGCUCUGGUCCCAGCGCAUGGUAGAGGGCUGCCAGGGCCUGCGCUGUGACAACUUCACCACCAGCUGGCGGGAUGGCCGCCUCUUCAACGCCAUCAUCCACCGGCACAAGCCUACGCUCAUCGACAUGAGCAAGGUGUAUCGUCAGACCAACCUGGAGAACCUGGACCAGGCCUUCUCCGUGGCGGAGCGGGACCUGGGGGUGACAAGGCUCCUGGACCCUGAGGAUGUGGACGUCCCUCAGCCCGACGAGAAGUCCAUCAUCACCUAUGUCUCAUCCUUGUAUGACGCCAUGCCCCGGGUGCCCGACGUGCAGGACGGGGUGAAAGCUAAUGAGCUGCAGCUGCGCUGGCAGGAGUACCGGGAGCUGGUGCUGCUGCUGCUGCAGUGGAUCCGGGCACACACGGCUGGCUUCGAGGAGCGCCGCUUCCCCUCCAGCUUUGAAGAGAUUGAGAUCCUGUGGUGCCAGUUCUUGAAGUUUAAGGAGACGGAGCUUCCAGCCAAGGAGGCGGACAAGAACCGGUCCAAGGGCAUCUACCAGUCCUUGGAGGGGGCGGUGCAAGCUGGACAGCUCAAGGUGCCCCCCGGCUACCACCCGCUGGACGUGGAGAAGGAGUGGGGCAAGCUGCACGUGGCCAUUCUGGAGCGGGAGAAGCAGCUCCGCAGCGAGUUUGAGAGACUAGAGCGUCUUCAGCGUGUCGUGAGCAAACUGCAGAUGGAGGCCGGGUUGUGUGAAGAGCAGUUGAACCAGGCCGACGCCCUGCUGCAGUCGGAUGUCCGGCUGCUGGCCUCAGGCAAGGCACCGCAGCGGGCGGGCGAGGUGGAGCGGGACCUGGACAAGGCAGACGGCAUGAUCCGGAUGCUCUUCAACGACGUGCAGACUCUCAAGGAUGGGCGGCACCCGCAGGGCGAGCAGAUGUACCGCAGGGUGUACCGCCUGCACGAGCGUCUGGUGGCCAUCCGCACCGAGUACAACCUGCGUCUGCGGAGCGCGCCGAGGCGCCCCGAGCUCGAGGACUCCACCCUGCGCUACCUGCAGGACCUGCUGGCCUGGGUGGAGGAGAAUCAGCGCCGGCUGGACAGCGCCGAGUGGGGCGUGGACCUGCCCAGCGUGGAGGCGCAGCUGGGCAGCCACCGAGGCCUGCACCAGUCGGUCGAGGAGUUCCGGACCAAGAUCGAGCGGGCGCGCACCGACGAGGGCCAGCUCUCCCCGGCCACCCGGGGCGCCUACCGAGACUGCCUGGGUCGGCUGGACCUGCAGUACGCCAAGCUGCUCAGCUCCUCCAAGGCCCGCCUCCGGUCCCUGGAGAGCCUGCAUGGCUUUGUGGCCGCCGCCACCAAGGAGCUGAUGUGGCUGAGUGACAGGGAGGAGGAGGAGGUGGGCUUCGACUGGAGCGACCGCAACACCAACAUGGCCGCCAAGAAGGAGGGCUACUCGGCCCUGAUGCAUGAGCUAGAGCUAAAGGAAAAGAAAAUCAAAGAGAUCCAGAGCACCGGCGACCGCCUGCUUCGGGAAGACCACCCUGCCCGGCCCACAGCGGAGUCCUUCCAGGCGGCCCUGCAGACCCAGUGGAGCUGGAUGCUGCAGCUGUGCUGUUGUAUCGAGGCGCACCUAAAGGAGAACACCGCCUACUUCCAGUUCUUCUCAGACGUGCGGGAGGCUGAGGAGCAGCUGCGGAAGCUGCAGGAGACGCUGCGCCGGAAGUACACCUGUGACCGUUCUAUCACCGCCACGCGGCUCGAGGACCUGCUGCAGGACGCCCAGGACGAGAAGGAGCAGCUAAGCGAGUACAGGGGGCACCUCUCAGGCCUGGCCAAGCGGGCCAAGGCCGUCGUGCAGCUGAAGCCCCGCAGCCCAGCGCACCCCAUGCGGGGCCGCGUGCCGCUGCUGGCCGUGUGCGACUACAAGCAGGUGGAGGUGACCGUGCACAAGGGUGACGAGUGCCAGAUGGUAGGCCCUGCACAGCCGUUCUACUGGAAGGUGCUGGGCAGCUCCUGCAGCGAGGCCGCCAUGCCCUCCGUGUGCUUCCUUGUGCCCCCGCCCAACCAGGAGGCCCAGGAGGCCAUCGCCAGGCUGGAGGCCCAGCACCAGGCCUUGGUGGCGUUGUGGCACCAGCUGCACACGGAAAUGAAGAGCCUGCUGGCGUGGCAGAGCCUCGGCCGCGACAUGCAGCUCAUCCGCUCCUGGUCCCUGGCCACGUUCCGCACACUGAAACCAGAGGAGCAGCGCCAAGCCCUGCGAAGCCUGGAGCUGCACUACCAGGCCUUUCUGCGGGACAGCCAGGACGCUGGUGGCUUCGGGCCUGAGGACCGGCUACAGGCUGAGCGCGAGUACGGCUCCUGCAGCCGCCACUACCAGCAGCUGCUGCAGAGCCUGGAGCAGGGCGAGCAGGAGGAGUCCCGCUGUCAGCGCUGCAUCUCAGAGCUCAAGGACAUCCGGCUGCAGCUGGAGGCCUGCGAGACACGCACCGUGCACCGCCUGCGGCUGCCGCUGGACAAGGAGCCCGCGCGGGAGUGCGCCCAGCGCAUCACCGAGCAGCAGAAAGCGCAGGCUGAGGUGGACGGGCUGGGCAAGGGGGUUGCCCGGCUCUCUGCCGAGGCCGAGAAGGUCCUGGCCCUGCCCGAGCCGUCACCCGCUGCCCCCACUCUGCGUUCAGAGCUGGAGCUGACCCUGGGCAAGUUGGAGCAGGUCCGCAGCCUGUCCGCCAUUUACCUGGAGAAGCUCAAGACCAUCAGCCUGGUGAUCCGCAGCACACAGGAGGCCGAGGAGGUGCUCAGGGCCCACGAGGAGCAGCUCAAGGAGGCCCAGGCUGUGCCCGCCACCUUCCCAGAGCUCGAGGCCACCAAGGCUGCGCUGAAGAAGCUUCGGGCCCAGGCGGAGGCGCAGCAGCCCGUGUUCGAUGCCCUGCGGGACGAGCUGCGGGGGGCGCAGGAGGUGGGCGAGCGGCUGCAACAGCGACACGGCGAGCGGGACGUGGAGGUGGAGCGCUGGCGUGAGCGGGUCACCCUGCUGCUGGAGCGCUGGCAGGCCGUGCUGGCCCAGACCGACGUGCGGCAGCGCGAGCUCGAGCAGCUGGGCCGCCAGCUGCGUUAUUACCGUGAGAGCGCGGACCCGCUGGGCACCUGGCUGCGGGACGCCAAGCAGCGGCAGGAGCAGAUCCAGGCCAUGCCACUGGCCAACAGCCAGGCCGUGCGAGAGCAGCUGCGGCAGGAGAAGGCGCUGCUGGAAGAUAUCGAGCGCCACGGGGAGAAGGUGGAGGAGUGCCAGAGGUUCGCGAAGCAGUACAUCAACGCCAUCAAGGACUAUGAGCUUCAGCUGGUCACGUACAAGGCACAGCUGGAGCCGGUGGCCUCGCCAGCCAAGAAGCCCAAGGUCCAGUCGGGGUCCGAGAGCAUCAUCCAGGAGUACGUGGAUCUGCGUACCCGCUACAGUGAGCUGAGCACGCUCACAAGCCAGUACAUCAGGUUCAUCAGUGAGACUCUGCGGCGUAUGGAGGAGGAGGAGAGGCUGGCUGAGCAGCAGCGGGCAGAGGAGCGGGAGCGACUGGCUGAGGUGGAGGCCGCGCUGGAGAAGCAGCGGCAGCUGGCCGAGGCGCACGCACAGGCGAAGGCGCACGCAGAGCGCGAGGCCCAGGGGCUCCAGCGGCGCAUGCAAGAGGAGGUGGCGCGCCGGGAGGAGGUGGCAGUGGAGGCGCAGGAGCAGAAGCGCAGCAUCCAGGAGGAGCUGCAGCACCUGCGGCAGAGCUCGGAGGCGGAGAUCCAGGCCAAGGCCCGGCAGGUGGAGGCGGCCGAGCGCAGCCGGCUGCGGAUCGAAGAGGAAAUCCGCGUGGUGCGCCUCCAGCUGGAGGCCACCGAGCGCCAGCGCGGCGGGGCGGAGGGUGAGCUGCAGGCACUGCGUGCGCGGGCGGAAGAGGCUGAGGCGCAGAAGCGGCAGGCCCAGGAGGAGGCGGAGCGCCUGCGGCGGCAGGUGCAAGACGAGACCCAGCGCAAGCGGCAGGCGGAGGCCGAGCUGGCCCUGCGCGUGCAGGCGGAGGCUGAGGCGGCUCGCGAGAAGCAGCGGGCCCUGCAGGCGCUGGAGGAGCUGCGGCUGCAGGCGGAGGAGGCAGAGCGGCGCCUGCGGCAGGCAGAGGCAGAGCGGGCACGCCAAGUGCAGGUGGCCCUGGAGACGGCGCAGCGCAGCGCCGAGGCAGAGCUGCAGAGCGAGCACGCCUCCUUCGCCGAGAAGACGGCGCAGCUGGAGCGCACCCUCAAGGAAGAGCACGUGGCCGUGGUGCAGCUGCGGGAGGAGGCCACGCGGCGGGCACAGCAGCAGGCCGAGGCCGAGCGCGCCCGCGCGGAGGCCGAGCGGGAGCUGGAGCGUUGGCAGCUGAAGGCCAACGAGGCGCUGCGGCUGCGGCUGCAGGCGGAGGAGGUGGCGCAGCAGAAGAGCCUGACGCAGGCCGAGGCGGAGAAGCAGAAGGAGGAGGCGGAGCGGGAGGCGCGGCGGCGCGGCAAGGCGGAGGAGCAGGCCGUGCGGCAGCGCGAGCUGGCCGAGCAGGAGCUGGAGAAGCAGCGGCAGCUGGCGGAGGGCACCGCGCAGCAGCGCCUGGCCGCGGAGCAGGAGCUGAUCCGGCUGCGGGCCGAGACGGAGCAGGGGGAGCAGCAGCGGCAGCUGCUCGAGGAGGAGCUAGCGCGGCUGCAGCGGGAGGCGGCCGCGGCCACGCAGAAGCGCCGGGAGCUGGAGGCCGAGCUGGCCAAGGUACGGGCUGAGAUGGAGGUGCUGCUGGCCAGCAAGGCGCGGGCCGAGGAGGAGUCACGCUCCACCAGCGAGAAGUCCAAGCAGCGGCUGGAAGCCGAGGCCGGCCGGUUCCGUGAGCUGGCGGAGGAGGCCGCCCGCCUGCGUGCCCUGGCGGAGGAGGCCAAGCGGCAGCGGCAGCUGGCCGAGGAGGACGCGGUGCGGCAGCGGGCGGAGGCAGAGCGGGUGCUGGCCGAGAAGCUGGCCGCCAUCAGCGAGGCCACGCGGCUCAAGACGGAGGCGGAGAUCGCGCUCAAGGAGAAGGAGGCUGAGAACGAGCGCCUGCGGCGGCUGGCAGAAGACGAGGCCUUCCAGCGGCGGCUUCUGGAGGAGCAGGCGGCCCAGCACAAGGCCGACAUCGAGGCGCGGCUGGCGCAGCUGCGCAAGGCAUCGGAGAGCGAGCUGGAGCGGCAGAAGGGGCUGGUGGAGGACACGCUGAGACAGCGGCGGCAGGUGGAGGAGGAGAUCCUGGCGCUCAAGGGCAGCUUCGAGAAGGCGGCCGCCGGCAAGGCGGAGCUGGAGCUGGAGCUGGGGCGGAUCCGUGGCACCGCCGAGGACACGCUGCGCAGCAAGGAGCAGGCAGAGCAGGAGGCCGCCCGGCAGCGGCAGCUGGCGGCAGAGGAGGAGCGGCGGCGCCGCGAGGCCGAGGAGCGGGUGCAGAAGAGCCUGGCGGCUGAGGAGGAGGCCGCGCGGCAACGGAAGGCCGCGCUGGAGGAGGUGGAGCGGCUCAAGGCCAAGGUGGAGGAGGCACGGCGCCUGCGCGAGCGAGCGGAGCAGGAGUCGGCUCGGCAGCUGCAGCUGGCCCAGGAGGCCGCCCAGAAGCGGCUGCAGGCGGAGGAGAAGGCGCACGCGUUCACGGUGCAGCAGAAGGAGCAGGAGCUGCAGCAGACGCUCCAGCAAGAGCAGAGCGUGCUGGAGCGUCUGCGCAGCGAGGCCGAUGCGGCCCGGCGGGCGGCAGAGGAGGCGGAGGCGGCGCGGGAGCGGGCGGAGCGCGAGGCAGCGCAGUCCCGGCGGCAGGUAGAGGAAGCGGAGCGGCUGAAGCAGUCGGCGGAGGAGCAGGCGCAGGCACAGGCGCAGGCGCAGGCUGCCGCGGAGAAGCUGCGCAAGGAGGCCGAGCAGGAGGCGGCGCGGCGGGCGCAGGCCGAGCAGGCGGCCCUGCGGCAGAAGCAGGCGGCCGACGCUGAGAUGGAGAAGCACAAGCAGUUCGCGGAGCAGGCGCUGCGGCAGAAGGCGCAGGUGGAGCAGGAGCUGACGGCUCUGCGGCUGCAGCUGGAGGAGACCGACCACCAGAAGAGCAUCCUGGAUGAGGAGCUGCAGCGACUGAAGGCGGAGGUUACGGAGGCGGCCCGGCAGCGCGGCCAGGUGGAGGAAGAGCUGUUCUCCUUGCGCGUGCAGAUGGAGGAGCUGGGCAAGCUCAAGGCCCGCAUCGAGGCGGAGAACCGCGCGCUCGUUCUGCGCGACAAGGACAGCGCACAGCGCCUCCUGCAGGAGGAGGCGGAGAAGAUGAAACAGGUGGCGGAGGAGGCCGCGCGGCUGAGCGUGGCGGCCCAGGAGGCGGCGCGGCUGCGGCAGCUGGCGGAGGAAGACCUGGCUCAGCAGCGGGCCCUGGCAGAGAAGAUGCUCAAGGAGAAGAUGCAGGCGGUGCAGGAGGCCACGCGGCUCAAGGCGGAGGCGGAGCUGCUGCAGCAGCAGAAGGAGCUCGCCCAGGAGCAGGCCCGGCGGCUGCAGGAGGACAAGGAGCAGAUGGCACAGCAGCUGGCACAGGAGACGCAGGGCUUCCAGAAGACUCUGGAGACGGAGCGGCAGCGGCAGCUGGAGAUGAGUGCCGAGGCGGAGCGGCUCAGGCUGCGCGUGGCCGAGAUGAGCCGGGCUCAGGCUCGGGCGGAGGAGGACGCCCGGCGCUUCCGGAAGCAGGCGGAGGACAUAGGCGAGAGGCUGUACCGCACGGAGCUCGCCACGCAGGAGAAGGUGACGCUGGUGCAGACGCUCGAGACCCAGCGGCAGCAAAGUGACCGGGAUGCCGAGCGCCUGCGGGAGGCCAUCGCGGAGCUGGAGCACGAGAAGGACAAGCUCAAGCAGGAGGCUCAGUUGCUGCAGCUCAAGUCUGAGGAGAUGCAGACGGUGCGGCAGGAGCAGCUGCUGCAGGAGACCCAGGCCCUGCAGCAGAGCUUCCUCUCCGAGAAGGACAGCCUACUGCAGCGCGAGCGCUGCAUCGAGCAGGAGAAGGCCAAGCUGGAGCAGCUCUUCCAGGACGAGGUGGCCAAGGCGCAGGCGCUGCGUGAGGAGCAGCAGCGGCAGCAGCAGCAGAUGCAGCAGGAGAAGCAGCAGCUGGUGGCCAGCAUGGAGGAGGCCCGGCGGCGGCAGCACGAGGCCGAGGAGGGCGUGCGGCGCCAGCAGGAGGAGCUGCAGCGCCUGGCGCAGCAGCAGCAGCAGCAGGAGAAGCUGCUGGCGGAGGAGAACCAGAGGCUGCGUGAGCGGCUGCAGCACCUGGAGGAGGAGCGCCGGGCUGCGCUGGCACGCUCGGAGGAAAUCGCCCCCUCUCGGGCCGCGGCCGCCAGAGCCCUGCCCAAUGGCCAGGACGCGGCCGAUGGCCCGGCCGCGGCGGCAGAGCCGGAGCACACCUUCGACGGCCUGCGGCAGAAGGUGCCAGCCCAGCGGCUGCAGGAGGUGGGCGUCCUGAGCGCAGAGGAGCUCCAGCAGCUGGCGCAGGGCCGCACCACCGUGGCUGAGCUCGCCCAGCGGGAGGACGUGCGCCACUACCUGCAGGGCCGCAGCAGCAUUGCCGGGUUGCUGCUGAAGCCUGCUGACGAGAAGCUGACCAUCUACGCGGCCCUGAGGAGGCAACUGCUGAGUCCGGGCACAGCCCUCAUCCUGCUUGAGGCCCAGGCGGCCUCAGGCUUCCUGCUGGACCCCGUGCGCAACAGGCGGCUGGCCGUCAACGAGGCCGUGAAGGAGGGCAUCGUGGGCCCUGAGCUGCAUCACAAGCUGCUGUCGGCCGAGCGCGCCGUCACUGGCUACAAGGACCCCUACACCGGGGAGCAGAUCUCCCUCUUCCAGGCCAUGAAGAAGGACCUCAUCGUCCGGGAGCACGGCAUCCGCCUGCUGGAGGCUCAGAUCGCCACGGGUGGCAUCAUCGACCCCGUGCACAGCCACCGCCUGCCCGUGGACGUGGCCUACCAGCGCGGCUACUUCGACGAGGAGAUGAACCGCGUCCUGCAGGACCCGAGCGACGACACCAAGGGCUUCUUCGACCCCAACACGCACGAGAACCUCACCUACCUGCAGCUGCUGGAGCGCUGCGUGGAGGACCCCGAGACGGGCCUGCGGCUGCUGCCGCUCACAGAUCAGGCUGCCAGGGGUGGUGAGCUGGUGUACACUGACUCGGAGGCCCGGGACGUGUUUGAGAAGGCCACCGUGUCCGCGCCGUUCGGCAAGUUCCAGGGCAGGAUGGUGACCAUCUGGGAGCUCAUCAAUUCCGAGUACUUCACGGCCGAGCAGCGGCGGGACCUGCUGCGGCAGUUCCGCACGGGCAAGGUCACCGUGGAGAAGAUCAUCAAGAUCGUCAUCACUGUGGUCGAGGAGCGCGAGCAGAAGGGCCAGCUUUGCUUUGAGGGCCUGCGUGCCCUGGUACCUGCUGCUGAGCUGCUCGAGGGCAGGGUCAUCGACCGGGAGCUCUUCUGCCAGCUGCAGCGGGGCGAGCGCUCCGUGCAGGAGGUAGCCGAGGUGGAAGCCGUGCGGCGGGCCCUGCGGGGCUCCGGCGUCAUCGCGGGUGUGUGGCUGGAGGAGGCAGGGCAGAAGCUGAGCAUCUACGAGGCCCUGAGGAAAGAUCUGCUGCAGCCAGAGGCGGCUGUGGCCCUGCUGGAGGCCCAGGCCGGCACCGGGCACAUCAUCGACCCCACCACCAGCGCACGGCUGACUGUGGACGAGGCGGUGCGCGCCGGCCUCGUGGGGCCCGAGCUACACGAGAAGCUGCUGUCGGCCGAGAAGGCUGUGACAGGCUACAAGGACCCGUACUCAGGGCAGAGCGUGUCCCUGUUCCAGGCCCUGAAGAAGGGCCUCAUCCCCAGGGAGCAGGGCCUGCGUCUGAUGGACGCCCAGCUGUCCACAGGUGGCAUCGUGGACCCCAGCAAGAGCCACCGUGUGCCCCUGGACGUCGCCUGUGCCCGGGGCUACCUGGAUAAGGAGACCAGCGCCGCCCUUUCAGCACCCGAGGACAGCGCCAAGACCUACCGUGAACCCCGCACGUGGCAGCCAGUCACCUACAGCCACCUCCAGCAGCAGUGCCGCCCCGACCCGCUGACGGGGCUGAGCCUGCUGCCGCUCUCGGAGGAGGCUGCCCGGGCCCGGCAGCAGGAGCUCUACUCCGAGCUCCAGGCCCAUGAGGCCUUCCAGAAGGCCACCGUCGAGGUCCCCGUGGGCAGCUUCCAGGGCAGGACGGUGACGGUGUGGGAGCUCAUCAGCUCCGAGUACUUCACGGCCGAGCAGCGGCAGGAACUGCUGCGGCAGUUCCGCACGGGCAAGGUCACCGUGGAGAAGAUCAUCAAGAUCGUCAUCACCAUCGUGGAGGAAGUAGAGACCGUGCGGCGGGAGAGGCUCUCUUUCAGUGGCCUCCGAGCCCCUGUGCCGGCCAGUGAGCUCCUGGCCGCCGGGGUCCUUGACAGCAUCCAGUAUGAGCAGCUCAAGGACGGCAAGACAUCGGUCAAGGACCUUUCGGAGCUGGACUCAGUGCGGACACUUCUCCAGGGCAGCGGCUGCCUUGCUGGCAUCUACCUGGAGGACUCCAAGGAGAAGGUGACCAUCUACGAGGCCAUGCGACGCGGCCUGCUCAGGCCCAGCACAGCCACUCUCCUGCUUGAGGCCCAGGCAGCCACUGGCUUUCUGGUGGACCCUGUGCGGAACCAGCGUCUGUAUGUGCAUGAGGCCGUGAAGGCCGGUGUCGUGGGCCCUGAGCUGCACGAGAAGCUGCUGUCGGCUGAGAAGGCCGUGACGGGCUACAAGGACCCCUACUCAGGCAGCACCAUCUCCCUCUUCCAGGCCAUGAAAAAGGGCCUGGUUCUCAGGGAGCACGGCAUCCGCCUGCUGGAGGCCCAGAUCGCCACGGGCGGCAUCAUCGACCCCGUGCACAGCCACCGCGUGCCCGUGGACGUGGCCUACCAGCGCGGCUACUUCGACGAGGAGAUGAACCGCGUCCUGCAGGACCCGAGCGACGACACCAAGGGCUUUUUCGACCCCAAUACGCACGAGAACCUCACCUACCUGCAGCUGCUGGAGCGCUGCGUGGAGGACCCCGAGACGGGCCUGCGGCUCCUGCCGCUGAGGGGGGCAGAGAAGGCAGAGGUGGUGGAGACCACGCGGGUGUACACCGAGGAGGAGACCCGGAGGGCCUUCGAGGAGACACAGAUCGACAUCCCUGGGAGCGGUGGCCACAGUGGCUCCACCAUGUCCCUGUGGGAGGUGAUGCAGUCGGACCUGAUCCCUCAGGAGCAGCGGGCCCAGCUGAUGGCCGACUUCCAGGCCGGCCGCGUGACCAAGGAGCGUAUGAUCAUCAUUAUCAUCGAGAUCAUCGAGAAGACCGAGAUAGUCCGCCAGCAGAACGUGGCUUCCUACGAUUACGUCGGCCGCCGCCUCACCGCCGAGGACCUGUACGAGGCCCGGGUCAUCUCCCGCGAGUCCUACAGCCUGCUCCGGGAGGGCACCAGGAGCCUCCAAGAGGUGCUGGAGGCCGAGUCCGCCUGGCGCUACCUCUACGGCACAGGCUGUGUGGCCGGCAUCUACAAGCCCGGCUCCAGGCAGACGCUGACCAUCUACCAGGCCCUCAAGAAGGGGCAGCUGAGUGCUGAGGUGGCCCGCCAGCUGCUAGAGGCACAAGCGGCCACGGGCUUCCUGCUGGACCCGGUGAAGGGCGAGCGGCUGGCCGUGGAUGAGGCCGUGCGGAAGGGCCUGGUGGGCCCCGAGCUGCACGACCGGCUGCUGUCGGCUGAGCGGGCCGUGACCGGCUACCGUGACCCCUACACGGAGCAGACCAUCUCGCUCUUCCAGGCCAUGAAGAAGGACCUGAUCCCCACCGAGGAGGCCCUGCGGCUGCUGGACGCUCAGCUGGCCACGGGCGGCAUCGUCGACCCGCGCCUAGGCUUCCACCUCCCGCUGGACGUGGCCUACCAGCGCGGCUACCUCGACAAGGACACGCACGACCAGCUGUCAGAGCCCAGCGAGGUGCGCAGCUACGUGGACCCCUCCACGGACGAGCGCCUCAGCUACACGCAGCUGCUCCGGCGGUGCCGCCGCGACGAGGCCAGCGGCCUGCUCCUCCUGCCGCUCGCGGACGCCCGCAAGCUGACCUUCCGCGGCCUGCGCAAGCAGAUCACGGUGGAGGAGCUGGUGCGCUCGCAGGUCAUGGACGAGGCCACGGCGCUGCGGCUGCAGGAGGGCCUGACCUCCGUCGAGGAGGUCUCCAAGAGCCUGCAGAGGUUCCUCGAGGGCACCAGCAGCAUUGCCGGCGUCCUCGUCGAUGCCACCAAGGAGCGGCUGUCGGUGUACCAGGCCAUGAAGAAGGGCAUCAUCCGCCCUGGCACGGCCUUCGAGCUCCUGGAGGCGCAGGCAGCCACCGGCUACGUCAUCGACCCCAUCAAGGGGCUCAAGCUAACCGUGGAGGAGGCUGUGCGCAUGGGCAUUGUGGGUCCCGAGUUUAAGGACAAGCUGCUGUCGGCCGAGCGUGCUGUUACCGGCUACAAGGACCCCUACUCCGGGAAGCUCAUCUCCCUCUUCCAGGCCAUGAAGAAGGGUCUGAUCCUGAAGGACCACGGCAUCCGGCUGCUGGAGGCCCAGAUCGCCACGGGCGGCAUCAUCGACCCCGAGGAGAGCCACCGCCUGCCUGUGGACGUGGCCUACCAGCGCGGCCUCUUUGACGAGGAGAUGAAUGAGAUCCUGACCGACCCCUCGGACGACACCAAGGGCUUCUUUGACCCCAACACGGAGGAGAACCUCACCUACCUGCAGCUGAUGGAGCGCUGCGUCACUGACCCCCAGACGGGGCUGAGGCUCCUGCCGCUGAAGGAGAAGAAGCGGGAGCGGAAGACGUCCUCUAAGUCCUCAGUGCGCAAGCGGCGUGUGGUCAUCGUGGACCCGGAGACGGGCAAGGAGAUGUCGGUGUACGAGGCCUACCGCAAGGGCCUUAUCGACCACCAGACCUACCUGGAGCUGUCCGAGCAGGAGUGCGAGUGGGAGGAGAUCACCAUCUCCUCCUCGGACGGCGUGGUCAAGUCCAUGAUCAUCGACCGCCGCUCGGGCCGCCAGUACGACAUCGACGAGGCCAUCGCCAAGAGCCUCAUUGACCGCUCGGCGCUGGACCAGUACCGCGCCGGCACGCUCUCCAUCACCGAGUUCGCCGACAUGCUCUCGGGCAACGCCGGCGGCUUCCGCUCACGCUCGUCCUCCGUGGGGUCCUCCUCUUCCUACCCUGUCAGCCCCGCCGUCUCCAGGACCCAGCUGGCCUCCUGGUCCGACCCCACCGAGGAGACGGGCCCCGUGGCUGGCAUCCUGGACACGGAGACGCUGGAGAAGGUGUCCAUCACGGAGGCCAUGCACCGCAACCUGGUGGACAACAUCACCGGGCAGCGUUUGCUGGAGGCGCAGGCCUGCACCGGGGGCAUCAUCGACCCCAGCACCGGCGAGCGCUUCCCCGUCACCGACGCCGUCAACAAGGGCCUGGUGGACAAGAUCAUGGUGGACCGCAUCAACCUGGCCCAGAAGGCCUUCUGCGGCUUCGAGGACCCUCGCACCAAGACCAAGAUGUCGGCCGCCCAGGCCCUGAAGAAGGGCUGGCUCUACUACGAGGCGGGGCAGCGCUUCCUAGAGGUGCAGUACCUGACGGGCGGCCUGAUCGAGCCCGACACGCCAGGCCGCGUGGCCCUGGACGAGGCCCUGCAGCGCGGCACCGUGGAUGCCCGCACCGCCCAGAAGCUGCGCGACGUUAGCGCCUACUCCAAGUACCUCACCUGCCCCAAGACCAAGCUCAAGAUCUCCUACAAGGAUGCGCUGGACCGCAGCAUGGUGGAGGAGGGCACGGGCCUGCGGCUGCUGGAGGCUGCCGCCCAGUCCAGCAAGGGCUACUACAGCCCCUACAGCGUCAGUGGCUCUGGCUCCGCGGCCGGCUCACGCUCCAGCUCGCGCACCGGCUCCCGGGCUGGGUCCCGUCGCGGCAGCUUCGACGCCACCACCUCGGGCUUCUCCAUGACCUUCUCUUCUUCGUCCUACUCCUCCUCGGGCUAUGGCCGCCGCUACGUCUCGGGGCCCGCGCCCUCCCCGGGGGGCCCCGAGUCAGCGGCAGCCUGACCCCUUCCUGCACCCCGCCUCCCGCUCUGCAUGUGGCCAGACUCCCCACCCAGGCGCUGGGGUCUUUAAUGUUUCAAGGUGUCUUCCUCCCAAGCGGUGCCUAAAGUUUAACCAAAAAGUGCAGACUAACAUGUUAAUAUAUGUCUGUUGUCCAGACGGCCUGUCUCUCGGGGGCCGGGGCCAGUCCAGCCCCACUGACCACCUCGCCCGCCUCCCCCCAGGUCUCCCUGCUCCUCUUUACCUGCCACUCACCACAGCCAGGUGCCUUGGAGGGUCCAGAGCUGGGCCCCCAACUCAGCCCUCUCAUCUCCCCAGGGGGGUUCCACCUGGGCGAGGUUCCCCCAGCCCUGUAGGGCGGCCCCACCCAACCCCCAGCCACCUGCUCGGGCAACGGGCAUCGGCCCCGCCAGUAGCAGGGCCCUCAGCGCCAGCGUUUUCUCCUGUUUCCGGGACUGACCUGCUUGCUCGGUGGGCCUUGCUGGGGAGGGAGGGAGGGAGUCCUGGGUCAGCCAUCUCUUCUAGGCUGCCCAGGGAAGCCCCUUCCCCAUGGGAAGAUGAGGGUCCAGUCUGCAGACCCAGCUGGCCCGGACCAGGCCCCAGCCUGUUCCCGGCUCCAUUCCCAGCCCCCCACCUGCGCCCGAGACCCCACGCCUCUGGCUUCAGCCUUCCAGCCUCAGCUCCCUAGUAAGUGCCUUCUGUGUCCCCCUUCGCACCCCAGGCCCCAAGGACCCAGACCUGGGGUGGGAGACAGACCCUCCUGGUGAAAGGCUCACCACUGCCCAGCUCUCGGGCGUGCCGGCCGGGCGUGACUGGGCUUCUGCAGGCCUCUUCCCCUCCGUGGGCCCAGUGUCCCCUGGAACCUGUGGAACCCCACCCUGGGUGCUGCCUGCCUGCCUCUCCCAGGGCGCCUCCGCCCCUGUGUUGGGCCUGGGGACAAGGCAGCCCAGCCCCGGGCCCUGGUGGCUUCCGCCUCCGCCUCUGCUCUCCGACUGAGCUUCGCGUGUCCCACUAACCCAGGUAGGUGGCGGGUGGAGGCCCAGGCUUCGGCUGCCUCUGAGGACAGAACACUAACCCGACCACGGCGGGCCUGCGGCGCUCGCCCCAAUAAAAGCAAUUCCAACCUU